UCAUAUAGGCCUGUGCUAUUUACAUACACUUGCAAUAUGGUGAUUUAAAUUAAUAUUACAAAUAAUACCAUGGUACGUGUCCAAAAACGUAUCUUUCGUGUGAAAUCGCAGUGAUUAUUUAAGCGCUCGCGUCGCGUUCUAGCUAAUCGCGUUGCGUUCGCGUUCCUCCUGCGCAAAUCCCAGGAUGCUGGUUGCCAUGGUUUCCCGCAUCACAUGCGCGGCUUUCCUGGAGCCAGCAACGCAAAAAAAAAAAAAGAAAAGAAGGAUGCCAGCUCUUGAAUUCCCUGCCAUUUUUACACCCUCAAAUUAGAGGACACGGUCGGACACGAGAGGAAACAGACGCAGAUGGUGGAGUAGUGAGAGACCCGACGCGUUCCCUCUGACGCGUUUGAAGAUCAUUCUCCUCCGCUGACGCGCGGCGAGACGGGACCGACUGUUUCACGCGCAAGAUCAGGCCGAAUUUUGCGCACAUUUGACCGUCAGGAAAUGAGUAUAGAAAUCCCCGAGGGCUUGACGGAGCUUCUGCAGAGCUUUACCGUGGAGGUGCUCCGGAACCAGCCGGGAGAUCUGCUGGAGUUCGCGCUGCAGUACUUCACGCGCCUCAAGGAGAACGAGACGCGCGGAGGCGCGUUCGGCAAUGAGCUCAAUUCAGCCGCGCGAGCGGGGAAAGCCGUCAACUUCAUGGAGGAGGCCAUGCAGAUCGACUCCGAGAACGGAGAGGAAGAGGAUGAUGAUGAUGACGAUGAAGAAUUCGUAGCUCCAGUUAUCAACAGAUUUGUCCGGAGAGUUUCUGUUUGUGCGGAGGCGUACAACCCUGAUGAAGAUGAAGAGGAGAGGGAACCCAGGGUCACUCACCCCAAAACAGACGAGCAGAGACAGAGACUACAGGACGCCUGCAAAGACAUCCUACUGUUCAAAAACCUGGACCAGGAGCAGAUGUCUCAGGUGUUGGAUGCCAUGUUUGAGAAGGUGGUGGUGAGCGGAGAGCACGUCAUCGAUCAAGACGAUGAUGGAGACAACUUCUACGUCAUUGAGAGGGGAACGUUUGACAUCGAGCUGAAAGUGGACGGCACCAGGCGGACCGUGGGCUCUUAUGACCACCGUGGGAGUUUCGGAGAGCUGGCCCUGAUGUACAACACGCCGAGGGCCGCCAGCAUCAUCGCCACCUCGUCUGGAGCCCUGUGGGGCCUCGAUCGGCUGACGUUCAGAAGGAUCAUCGUAAGGAACAACGCGAAGAAAAGAAAAAUGUACGAAGCUUUCAUCGGGACCCUUCCACUGCUCACGUCUCUGGAGGUUUCAGAGAGGAUGAAGGUGGUUGAUGUGCUGUCGACUAAAGUGUUCAACAGUGGAGAACAGAUCAUCGCUCAGGGUGAUCUGGCACAAUCUUUCUACAUCGUAGAGUCAGGACACGUUAGGAUCACCAUGAAGAGAAGCAAGUCAAAAAACGACACCGAAGACGAGGAGGUGGAGAUCGCCACAUGCUCAAGAGGCCAGUACUUUGGAGAGCUUGCACUCGUCACUAACAAGCCACGGGCGGCAUCUGCAUACGCCAUGGACAACGUCAAAUGCUUAGUAAUGGACGUGCAGGCGUUCGAGAGGUUAUUAGGCCCCUGCAUGGACAUCAUGAAACGAAACAUAGCCAAUUACGAGGAGCAGCUGAUCACGCUCUUCGGGAGUCACGUCGCAAUACAGGAGCCCAAUGCAUGAAAUCAGUUCAUCAAUAAACACCGCAAACUACAAAUGCAACAUGAAAUGAUGAGAAAUGGUAAGUAGAGGUCCGUCACCAUGAUUGAGAAACAUGAACUUUAGAUCAUAAACUUGAAGUUAUUGUUUUGCGUUCACAGAUGAUCAAAGAUCAUGAUUUUUUUUUAGAUGUGAAAAGCCAGAUGUGAGCAUUUUCCUCCGGGGUAAUCGAGGUUUCCUCAAAGUUAUUUGGUCCGGGGAUUUGAUAACAUUAUUUUCUGUGUUUCUUUCACAUGCUGCGUCUUUUACAGUGACGUCCUCACAGAGACUGCAUUAUCAUGUCAUAUACAGUACAGUAACAUGUUAAUUUAUUCUUUUGAAGCGAUGUUUAUGGAUUUUAAAAUCUGCUGUUGAGCAUUUGUUCAUGUUUUCAGUGUUAUGCGAGUCAUUUUUACUGUAAGACUAAAUAUUAGAGUUGCAUCUAGAUGACACCGGUUACAAAAAACGUGAACGGUUACAUAUAACGAAUUAUGAAAAACAGUUUAAAGUCAACAUGAAAACUAAACUGAACGUGUUUAAUUAGAGAGCAUUCAUUUAAAAAAUAAAGUUUGUAGUAAAAAUGCCAAUGCCUCUAAUCCAACAUUUGUUUUCAUUAAUUUAUUCUGGUAUGAAACACCCAUUUUAUUUGACUGUCAAAUCAAUUCUGAUAAAUAUAAUCAGAUUUUUUAAAUAUCCUAUUUAACUCAUUAAUAUUUCAGAUUCAGAAGUCAAAUUAAUUGUUUCACGUUGACUUUAAUACUCAAGAUUCAUUACACUUCCAAGAGAUAAUAAACGUUCAAACUGCUUGAGAAUAUGAUAUGAGAAAAGGGGAUGGAGAUGCAAAGUCUUGAUUACAUUUAAAAAUUAAAAUGCAGUUUGAAUAUUAUCACACUUUGAUGCCAGUGUAAUGAAAAUACAUAAUUUGAUGAACAGUUCACCCAAAAAUUAAAAUGUACUCACCCUCGGGCUAUUUU